GUCAAAGCACGCUCAUCGUUCUUUCGUUCGAUCCAGUAAUGCUGACCGACCGCGAAAAGAGAAAGCAGAUCAGCGUGCGUGGCAUCGCUCAGGUGGAGAAUGUGGCAAAUAUCAAGAAAACGUUCAACCGUCAUCUACACUUCACGAUGAUCAAGGACAGAAAUGUGUCCACUCCGCGAGACUACUAUUUCGCACUGGCCCACACCGUGCGCGAUCACCUGGUCUCCCGAUGGAUCCGUACACAGCAACAUUAUUACGACAAAGACCCUAAGCGAGUGUAUUAUUUAUCGUUGGAAUUUUACAUGGGCCGAACCCUUACGAAUACCAUGAUGAACCUUGGUGUCCAAGCAACAUGCGAUGAAGCUCUGUACCAGGUAAAAUAUGUACUUGGAAACAACCCACAAAUGACGUAAAA